AUGUCAACACGAACAGAUCAAGAUGCAUUCAUUCGUCUGUCAUCUUCAAGAACGCGUUUCAAGCAAGGUCCAGACCCGAACAGUGAAAAAUUCUUUCGUACACUUCUGGAGGUACAAGAAGAGUUCUCGAAGCUCGAAUUCCAAGUCGCUAAAAUGAUUAAAGAGCUGGAAGAGAUUCAUGGUUACACUUCAGGCCUUUACAAGGAAUACACACGUGUGGCUUUUGAGCUAGACAGAGCAAAGAACAGCCAUAGUCCUUAA